AUGUCAUCAUCAUUAAUAUUGCCAGGCGAUAAUUUAGAAAUUGAAGAUAUAUCACAAUAUAAAACUACAAUAGGACCAGGUAUAUAUAAAUUCCCUACAAGAGAACCAAAAUUCAUUCCAACUCAACCUGGUAUAUUAAAUCACUCCACACAAUCAAAUAAACAAUUAAUUUACAUUGAAUCAAAUUCAAAAAGGUAUAUUCCACAUAAAAAUGACCUUGUAAUAGGUAUAGUAGUAGGUUCAAUUGGUGAAUUUUACAAAGUACAGUUACAAGAUUUUUCAACACCGGUGUUAUUAAACUUUAUGAGUUUUGCAAAUGCUACAAAAAAAAAUAGACCAAAUUUGAAAAAUGGUCAAGUCGUAUAUGGAAAAGUCACAGUUGAUUCAAUAGAAAUUGAAAAUGAAAUAGAAUGUAUUGAUGAAGGGUGUGGAGUAUUAGAUGAUUCAGGAUACGUUUUCAACGUUAAUUUAAAUUUUGCAAGAGAAUUAUUAUAUGAUGCCAAUUCCAUAUUUUUAAAAUUGUUAGCUAAUAAGUGUCAAUUUGAGAUUGCCAUUGGUAUAAAUGGGAAAAUAUGGUUGAAAUGUGGUGAAGGUGUAAAGAAAGAAGUAAAAGAAAGUGAGAAUAAAGAAGAUGAAGAUGAUGAUAUGGAUAUUGAUUCUACAAAUGUUAAAGAUUUGAAAUAUACUUUGGCUGCUGUAGAAUAUUUGAAGAAGGCUCAAUUUGUAAAACAAGACGAGUUGAAGCAGGUUUUAAAUGUGUGUUUUAAAAAUGUAGAGAAUUAA